UUGACCCCCCGAGGCGGAAGUGAACACGUGUGGUCGAAGGGAAUCACCACGCAUGUUGGGAGGCCACGAGCUGUACCCAGGAUCCGAAGUUAACCCUCCUCCUCAUCACCAUCAUCAUCAUCAUCAUCAUGGCUGUGAGAGCAUCGUUUGAGAAAAACAACGAGAUCGGCUGCUUCGCCAAACUCACCAACACAUACUGUCUGGUGGCUGUCGCCGGCUCGGAGAACUUCUACAGUGUGUUCGAGGGGGAACUGUCAGAAACCAUCCCAGUGGUUCACGCUUCCAUAGCAGGCUGUCGCAUCAUAGGGAGGAUGUGUGUGGGAAACCGUCACGGUCUUUUGGUGCCCAACAGCACGACAGAUCAGGAGCUGCAGCACAUCAGAAACAGUCUGCCAGAUACAGUGAGGAUCCAGAGAGUCGAGGAGAGGCUGUCUGCUCUCGGUAACGUCGUCGCCUGCAACGACUACGUAGCGCUGGUCCAUCCCGACCUCGACAGGGAGACAGAGGAGAUCCUUGCAGACACUCUGAAGGUGGAGGUUUUCCGUCAGACGGUCGCAGAACAGGUCCUGGUCGGCUCCUACUGCGCGUUCAGCAACCAGGGAGGCCUCGUCCACCCAAAGACGUCUAUAGAAGACCAGGACGAGCUGUCGUCUCUGCUACAAGUUCCCCUCGUGGCCGGCACGGUGAACAGAGGCAGUGAGGUGAUCGCGGCGGGGAUGGUGGUCAACGACUGGUGCGCGUUCUGCGGCCUGGACACCACCAGCACCGAGCUGUCGGUCAUCGAGAGCGUCUUCAGACUCAGCGACUCAGCACAGCCCUCCGCCAUCGCCACCAGCAUGAGAGACUCGCUCAUCGACAGCAUGGCGUAAGUCACCUCUGCUGUCUUCACCGGUGAAGAGCUCCGCUGUGAUUCACCUGGUCUCACAUGAAGACAAGAAGCUGCUGGACCUCAUUUCUCGACCUAAGAACACCUCCUCCGUCACAGUACACUUCACUGUCACACCUGCCGACAUAUUACAGUCAUCAUUUGUACCUUUUUUAAGAAUUUAAUCUUUCUAACUCUGAAAAGAAACAUCCACCGACUCUCCUCUGAUGUCGACUGCGACGGGUGGAGACGUGUGAUGGUAGUUUGUUAUUACUGUGCAGAAAUAUUGAAACAAGGCUGAGUUACACCCAAGUUAAGGAAUCAGAUAUUUCAGCCUUUGUGGCACUGAUUUGAAUUUAUUUUAACCUAACAGGGAGAAAUUACAUUUAAUGUUUUCUCCCUGCUUAGUUAGAUUAAAGUGGCCGAGGCUGUGAUAAAAUGAAUUAAAAAAUGUACUUAAUUUCUGUGCCUGCAUCAUGAAAAAGUCACCAUUAGAAAACAACUGAACUCUGAAGUAGCAGCCGUUUGUUCUGCAUGUUAUUCUGAAACCUUAACUGGGAGACAGUUGAUUGCUUUUCACUUAAAGUCAGCCAGGAAACUGGUUUUGGUUUCUCACUGUGUCUCCUGCAGCUGUAAAGGAUUCCCAUCAACACACCUCACACCACCAACUGUAUCACCAACAUGUUUCUGAUGCUUGAAGAAUGUAAGUCACGGUUUCAUCUGUCCAUUUAAGUGUAGAAGGCAAAGAUGAGACACUAAUUUAAAAGUGAGGACGUUAUUGAAGGUUUUAGAGUGAUGCUUCGUCUGAAUGUGCGCUUCAUCUUUUAAGGUCUGAAAUCACUUGAUUCUAUAGUUUAGUCCGACAAACUGGUAACGCACAGCAUGCAGUAUGGAACACAGGUGGAGUGUGAUGUGUCCGUGUUCUGGUUUGUAAUGCUGACACAGGAAAAAAAGAUGCAACGCAUGUUUCCGUCAGACUGUAUGAAAUGAGAUUCAGAUACAAACUGCACCAGGUGUGACAUUUCUUACUUGAGUCUUUGUGUAACAAAUCAAAACCUGGUGAAGUGUAAACAUGGUUGAUAUUUCUGAACGAACAGUCUCGUCUGUCUGUAAAAUAAAAUAAAUCGCCCUCUUUUUA